AUGGCAGCUCUCUCUUUCCAUGCUAGGUCCAACAGUUUGCCUACAAGAUCACACCCUCUAGUUACAGAAAUCGAAGAGCAGGUCUGCAGGUUGAGACAAUCUCAAGCUGCUUCCACAUCAUCAUCAUCCAUAAGCCGAAAUCUAAAUGGUCUCCGGGAUGUGUAUGACUGUGUUUACCAGUUGCUCCAACUUCCAACAACCCAACAAGCCUUGAUCCAUGACCAAACUUGCUUCAACGAGCUAUUGGAUGGAUCUUUGAGGGUCUUGGAUUUAUGCAACACAGCCAAGGAUGCCUUGUCCCAAAUGAAAGAGUCAGUCUCUGAGCUUCAAUCCGCUAUUCGCAGAAGGCAAGAUGGUUUGGAAGGAGAAACGAGAAGAUACCUAAAGUCAAGGAAGAAUGUUAUCAAAGCAAUCCAAAAGGUCUUGAAGGGUAUGAUGGUUACCAAGAAAUCUACUUCAUCAAAUAACAUUGAGUCCAUCUCCAUGUUGAAGGAAGCUGAAUCUGCUGUUGUCGAGGUUCUGGAGUGCUUGCUCUCAUUCAUUUCUCAAACUAGCUCCAUGCCAAGCAGCUGGUCAUUGUUUAAAAGGGUUGCAGCAGUAGCAGCAACCGAGAAUGAGUUCUCAGAUGUCGAUGCCGCCUUGAAGAUGAACAACUCCAGUGAAGAGGUUCAAGUUCAACUCAAGAACUUGCAACCAUGCAUUCAAGAUCUUGAGGAAGGAGUUGAGAGCCUCUUCAGGCGUUUGAUCAAAACAAGAGCCUCCAUUCUCAAUAUCCAAAAUCUGUAG